AUGGCGGACGCAGCAGCACCAACAGCGCCGGCAGCGGCAACAGCACCGGCAGCAGCCCCCCUACCCCAGGGCACCAUCGUGUCCGCAACAUCGGACCCUUCCAAGCCCUCGCUGCGAUACCAGGCCGGCGGCGGUGCCAGCGAGACGGAGCGCACCGUCAAGACGCUCGGCGACUCGGUCAUACCGCACCUGACAAAGAUCUUCAACGUCCACGCCGGCCAGGACGACAAGAAGUGGCACAAGGAGCAGAUUGCCUCGUUUGUGAAGAACGUCCAGGCCGAGGAGACGCCCGAGUGCCUGGUGGCCAACACAUCUGAAGCAGCAGCAGCAGGAGGAGCAGCAGCAUCACCGCCAGAGGAACUCGACUUCAACGGCUUCCUCAACUACAUGACCUCGUCCGCCUCGGCCAUUACCAGACCCGUUCACGAGGAGGACCUGUCGUACCCGCUCUCUAGCUACUUUAUCAGCUCCAGCCACAACACCUACCUGACGGGAAACCAGCUGUACAGCGAGUCGAGCACUGACGCGUACAGGAACGUGCUGGUGAGGGGGUGCCGGUGUAUCGAGAUUGACGUCUGGGACGGCGACGACUCGGACAAUGAGGAUGGCACGUCAGUGAGCAGCAGUGACGAGGAGGCCGUUGCCGCGGCUGCUGCUUCGGGGCAGGCGAAGCCGAAGAAGGAGAAGAGGAGCAAGCUUGCGAUGCUCAGGGAUAAGAUGCCCGGGUCGCUGGCGAGUAGGCUGGAGAAGACUUCGUUGGGGAAGAAGAUGGAUGAGAGGAUUGAAAAGUCUACGAGCCCGCCGACGGAGACGGCCACCACCCGGUCAGCUGGCACUACUGCCGCUCCCGCUCCAUCUACGGCUACGGCUACCGCCUCUGCCGCGGAGAGCACCGCCGCUUCAACCACCCCCAAGGAAACGGCACUCGGGACGGAGCAACCGCCGUUGCAAAAGACCCCUUCGCCGAGGAUGUUCCCCAUCGAACCCCAGGUCUUCCACGGCUACACCCUCACCAAGGAGGUGCCCUUCCGGCAUGUCUGCGAGACGAUCCGCGCCUAUGGUUUCCACUCGGCCGACACGCCCCUCAUUGUCAGUCUCGAAGUGCACUGCAGCGCCGAGCAGCAGGAGAUCAUGGUGAAGAUCAUGGAGGAUACCUGGGCUGGCCUGCUCGUUCCCACCCCGGACGUCGACGCCCCCGAGCUGCCGCGGCCUGCGGACCUAAUGGGCAAGAUCCUCGUGAAAGUCAAGUACGCACCACCGCCGGGGGGCUCUGGCGUGACUGGCGCGCAGGACGAAGACUCGGAGGAGGACGGCAAGACCACGCCACCGGCACCACCACCACCAAAAAGCAAAAAGGCGGCGGCGAAACCGUCCAAAAUCAUCCAGGCGCUCAGCAGGCUGGGCGUCUACACCCGCGGCGUGUCCUUCAAGUCCCUCACGCAGCCCGAGGCCUCGAUGCCGACGCACAUCUUCUCGCUGUCGGAGAAGGGCGUCAUGGAGGUGCACGAGAAGCAGGGAGACGCGCUCUUCCACCACAAUCGGCACUACCUGAUGCGCGCGUACCCGUCGGGCCUGCGCAUCGGGUCGUCCAACCUCGACGCGGCCGUCUUCUGGCGCAGGGGCAUCCAGAUUGUUGCGCUCAACUGGCAGAACUGGGACGAGGGGAUGAUGCUCAACGAGGGCAUGUUUGCGGGUACCAAGGGUUAUGUUUUGAAGCCUGAGGGAUACCGUUGCCUCAAAACCGGAUCUACCCCAGACCCGUCCUCGCCCACCACCCCGCAAAUCACCUACAAAACCCUCGACCUCCAGAUCGACGUCCUCGCAGCCCAGAACCUGCCCCUCCCGCCAGGCGACACCCGCAUCUCGGGCUUCAAGCCCUACGUCAAGGUCGAGAUCCACGUCGAGUCCCCCGAGGAGCGUCUCCCGGGCGCACAUAUCAAGGACGACGGCCGCGAGCGCGAGGGCGAGUACAAGGCCAAGACCAAGUCGAACCGCGGCGUCGACCCGGAUUUCAAGGGGGAGAGCUUGCAGUUCGCGGGGGUACCGGGCGUGGUCGAGGCGCUGACGUUUGUGAGGUUCACCGUUAGGGACGACGAGAUUGGGCGGGAUGAUCUGGCUGCGUGGGCGGCGGUGCGGUUGGAUCGGUUGAGGGCCGGGUAUAGGUUUGUGCAUCUUAUGGAUUGCGAGGGACGGUUGACGGACGGGGUUGUGCUUGUGAGGGUUACCAAGAAGUUGACGUGA